AUGGCGUCGCCGAGGCCGUACUCCCCGCCUAUCACCCGGGGCAGGCGUGCGCGAGAGGCCGCCAGCUCCGACAGGCUCCCCACGGACGUGCUGUUUGACGUCCUGCUGCGCUUCCCGGCCAGGGACCUCUGCCGCCUCCGCGCCGUCUGCCGCUCAUGGCGCUCGCUCACCUCCGAUCCAGUCUUCAUCACGGCGCACGCGGCACGCCAUCCGGCCCCCCUCUUCCUGGCCCAAUUUCGGGACGACAAGACGCACAGCAUCUACAUAGUAGAUCUGUCAGGUAACGUGGUGAAGCGGAUCGCCGGCGCAGCUGGUGGCCCUUACCACCGGCUGCAAUGCACGCGCCUGGACCUUGCCUGUCUGACUACUGACUGGAACAGAUGCCAUGUGCUCAAUCCGGCUACCGGAGCUGUCCAGGCCCUGCCUCAGAGCCCGGCGGUGGAGCAUGUGAAUCGGGUCAACUUGAGUCAGCCUUACACCUUCUUUGCCCUUGGGCGGGUCUCCUCCACGGGAGACUACAAGGUGCUUAGGAUGUUCAACAGGCCUGGCUUUGCCCAAGGUGGUCAGCAGCUCUUUGAGGUGUUUACCAUCAAUGGCGGUGCCGCACAUGCACGGUGGAGAGGGCAGCAGAGCCCUGGCCUCUUUGUUGAUGAGUGCAGUGGCGUUGUAGUUGAUGGGGUGGUGUAUUUCUUGACGAACAGAACAUAUGAUGGUGCCCGUAAUGGGAUUCGUCUGGGCUAUAUCGUUUCGUUCGACCUUGAGAGAGAGGAGUGGAGGAGAGAUCUCCGAGGCCCCAUAAGUAGCGGGGUUGGAUCUGCGAGGCACCUUACUUUGGCUGAGCUAAAAGGGUCUCUAGUUCUUGCAGAUCGCCGUCACCAGCCUUUUACCCUGGACCUUUGGUUUCUAGUGGACUAUGGGAGUGGGCACUGGGUGAAAGAGUACCACAUCCUGACUUGGCCGGCAAUCUCACCGCUGGUACUGGUAGAUGAGUCCUUCAAACCAUUGUUGCUGCUAGAUGAUGGGAGCACUAGGAACAACAUGCAUGACCCUGAUAGUAGAUUUGGUUUAUUUCUUUACUUGAUUUGUUUUAAAGGGCUGAAAUUUUGCAAUGGUUUGCUUGGAGUUUAUCACAAUGGUGGUGUGUUGAGUCAGUGCUUCUCCAACCGAUCACAAUAUAGUAGGGACAUUUGUUUUCAUGCGUCAUCCAGGGCAAGAGGGCCUGGUAGGAGUCUUGGGUCUGAAGUUAUGUAUGCCAAGUCGAUGACUGGUUAG